GCUGGCACAUACUUUUACCAUGGACACUACGGAAUGCAAAGAUCUGCUGGACUGUAUGGAUCUCUGAUAGUAGAGGUUGGUGAAGGUCAAAAGGAACCUUUCCAUUACGAUGGAGAGUUCAGUCUGUUGUUGAGUGAUUGGUGGCAUAAGGGUAGUCAAGAGCAAGAAGUGGCCCUCUCGUCCAAACCAUUUCGUUGGAUUGGCGAACCCCAGACUCUGCUCAUCAACGGAAGAGGCCAGUACAAUUGCUCUCUAGCCGCCCACGUUACCAACUCCUCCUCUCCCCAGUGCCAAUUCCGUGGAAAUGAACAAUGUGCACCCCCAAUCCUCCAUGUGCAGCCCCAUAAAACUUACAGGCUCAGGGUCUCCAGCACCACCGCACUCGCUUCACUGAACUUGCAAAUUGGGAAUCACAAGAUGGUGAUGGUGGAAGCAGAUGGAAACUAUAUUCAGCCAGUGGCAGUGGAUGACUUAGACAUUUACUCUGGAGAGAGCUACUCUGUUUUGAUCCACGCUGACCAAGACCCCUCCAAGAACUACUGGAUUUCAGUUAGUGUAAGAGGAAGAGAGCCCAAGACUCCUCAAGGCCUCACCAUUCUCAACUACCAAACAACUUCAGCUUCAAAGCUCCCAACAUCUACACCUCCAGUGUCUCCUCUUUGGAAUGACUACAACCACAGCAAAUCUUUCUCCAACAAAAUCCUGGCCCUCAUGGGCUCCCCCAAGCCUCCAACCACCUACAACCGCAGAAUCAUCCUCCUCAACACUCAAAACACUAUCAACGGAUUCACCAAGUGGGCUAUCAAUAAUAUAUCCCUAACAUUGCCUCCAACUCCUUAUUUAGGUGCCAUUAAGCAUCGUUUGAGCAACGCUUUCGAUCAGAAGAGUCCACCAGAGAACUUUCCCAACGAUUAUGAUGUGAUGAAACCUCCAACAAACACUAACUCGACAUAUGGGAAUGGGGUGUACAUGCUAGAGCUUAGGACAACGGUCGACGUGAUUCUUCAAAAUGCCAAUGCAUUAGCAACAGGUGUCAGUGAAAUACACCCUUGGCACCUGCAUGGUCAUGAUUUUUGGGUGUUGGGAUAUGGAGAAGGAAAGUUUAGGAAAAAAGAUGCGAAGAGGUUUAACUUAAAGAAUCCACCAUUGAGGAAUACUGCAGUGAUAUUCCCUUUCGGAUGGACAGCUCUUAGGUUUGUGGCGGAUAAUCCUGGGGUUUGGGCAUUCCACUGCCACAUUGAGCCUCAUUUGCAUAUGGGAAUGGGAGUGGUCUUUGCUGAAGGUGUUCAUCUGGUCAAAGAUGUACCAAACCAUGCUCUUGCUUGUGGCUUGACCGGGAAAAUGUUGAUGAGUAACUACAGUCACCACUGAGAAUAGCUAGCUGGCAACCUAGCUGAAGCUAUCUUCAAUUUUUGUGUGGUACAUACAUGCAAUUAGAAGCCUAUUUAUUUAGUUGGAAGACUGGAAACCAAAUUCUAUUUGAAGAGAGAUUUAGUCUUGUGUUUGGUUUCUUAUGUUUUGGCAAUGGUUGUGAUAUUUAAUGUAUGACAAGUAUAUUUUCCACAAUUGCACUUUGAAUUACUAUAAAACUAGAUUCCCAUCUCGUUUA